UUGUGUCCGACAGGUGUCAGAGAUGGCCGAAGAUGGCAGCGAGGAGAUCAUGUUCAUCUGGUGUGAAGACUGCAGCCAGUACCACGACUCUGAGUGUCCCGAGCUGGGCCCCGUGGUCAUGGUCAAGGACUCCUUCGUGCUAAGCAGGGCGAGGUCCUCCCUGCCGUCCAACCUGGAGAUCCGGCGCCUGGAGGAUGGGGCGGAGGGUGUGUUCGCCGUUACUCAGCUGGUCAGGCGCACGCAGUUUGGCCCAUUCGAGUCCAGAAGGGUUGCCAAGUGGGAGAAGGAGUCCGCGUUUCCGCUGAAGGUGUUCCAGAAGGACGGGCACCCCGUGUGCUUCGACACCUCCAACGAGGACGACUGCAACUGGAUGAUGCUGGUGCGGCCGGCGGCCGAGCCCGCGCACCAGAACCUCACAGCCUUCCAGCAGGGCAGCGACGUGUACUUCACCACCUCCUGCGACAUCCCGCCUGGCACCGAGCUGCGCGUGUGGUACGCGGCCUUCUACGCCAAGAAGAUGGACAAGCCCAUGCUGAAGCAGGCCGGCUCCAGCGGCCACGCCACAGGUGCCCCAGAACUUGGCACCCCGGCAGAGGCCGAGCGCGGCCCGUGGGCCUGCAAAGUGUGCGCCAGCUCCUUCCUAGAGCUGCAGCUGCUCAACGAGCACCUCCUGGGCCACCUGGAGCACAGCAAGGGGCCCACGCCAGGCAGCCAGCCAGAGGCAGCGGCAGUGCCCGAGAAGGAGCCCGGUGCACCCCGUGGGGAGCCCCCCGCGGCCCCGGAGGGUGCUGCACCCCCCAAGGAGAAGAAGAAGCCGCGACGCGGGCGGAAGGCCAAGGUGCCCAAGGCCCAGCAGCCCCGGGCCGUCGCGGAGGACGAGGAGCCUGCCGAGCCAGUGGCGGAGAUCAUCACCGAGGUCCCGCCAGACGAGCCCGCGAGCGCCACGCCGGAGGAGCGGAUCAUGGAGCUGGUUCUGGGGAAGCUGGCCACGCCCACCGACACCGUCAGCCCGGUGCCCAAGUUCACACAUCACACGAGCGGCACGCUGACCCUCAAGCGGGGCCUGGUCCUGGCCAGCAGACACGGCCUCCGGCGGAAGCUGGCACGGCAGCUGGGCGAGCACAAGCGCGUGCACCAGUGCGGGGUGUGCAGCAAGGUCUUCCAGAACAGCAGCAACCUCAGCCGCCACGUGCGCUCCCACGGUGACAAGCUGUUCAAGUGUGAGGAGUGUGCGAAGCUGUUCAGCCGCAAGGAGAGCCUGAAGCAGCACGUGUCGUACAAGCACAGCAGGAACGAGGUGGACGGCGAGUACCGGCACCGCUGCGGCACCUGCGGGAAGACCUUCCGCAUGGAGAGCGCGCUGGAGUUCCACAACUGCAGGACAGAUGACAAGACGUUCCAAUGUGAGAUGUGUUUCAGAUUCUUCUCCACCAACAGCAACCUCUCCAAGCACAAGAAGAAGCACGGGGACAAGAAGUUCGCCUGCGGGGUCUGCAGCAAGAUGUUCUACCGCAAGGACGUCAUGCUGGACCACCAGCGGCGCCACCUGGAGGGUGUGCGGCGGGUGAAGAGAGAGGACUUGGAGGCCAGCAGCGAGAGCCUGGUCCGCUAUAAGAAGGAGCCCUCGGGGUGUCCCGUGUGCGGCAAGGUGUUCUCCUGCCGGAGCAACAUGAACAAGCACCUGCUCACCCACGGGGACAAGAAGUACACCUGCGAGAUCUGCGGGCGCAAGUUCUUCCGCGUGGACGUGCUCAGGGACCACAUCCACGUGCACUUCAAGGACAUCGCGCUCAUGGACGACCACCAGCGGGAGGAGUUCAUCGGCAAGAUCGGGAUCUCGUCCGAGGAGAACGAGGACAACUCCGACGAGAGUGCGGACUCGGAGCCCCACAAGUACAGCUGCAAGAGGUGUCAGCUCACCUUCGGCCGCGGCAAGGAGUACCUGAAGCACAUCAUGGAGGUGCACAAGGAGAAGGGCUACGGCUGCAGCAUCUGCCACCGCCGCUUCGCCCUCAAGGCCACCUACCACGCGCACAUGGUCAUCCACCGCGAGAACCUGCCGGACCCCAACGUGCAGAAGUACAUCCACCCGUGCGAGAUCUGCGGCCGCAUCUUCAACAGCAUCGGGAACCUGGAGCGCCACAAACUCAUCCACACCGGUGUGAAGAGCCACGCGUGCGAGCAGUGCGGCAAGUCCUUCGCGCGCAAGGACAUGCUCAAGGAGCACAUGCGCGUGCACGACAACAUCCGGGAGUAUCUGUGCGCGGAGUGCGGCAAAGGCAUGAAGACCAAGCACGCGCUGCGCCACCACAUGAAGCUGCACAAGGGCAUCAAGGAGUACGAGUGCGAGGAGUGCCACCGCAAGUUCGCGCAGAAGGUCAACAUGCUCAAGCACUACAAGCGGCACACGGGGAUUAAGGACUUCAUGUGUGAGCUGUGUGGGAAAACUUUCAGCGAGAGGAACACGAUGGAGACGCACAAGCUCAUCCACACAGUGGGGAAGCAGUGGACGUGCUCCGUGUGCGAUAAGAAGUAUGUGACGGAGUACAUGCUGCAGAAGCACGUGCAGCUCACGCAUGACAAGGUGGAGGCGCAGAGCUGCCAGCUGUGCGGGACCAAGGUGUCCACGCGCGCCUCCAUGAGCCGGCACAUGCGGCGCAAGCACCCCGAGGUGCUCGCUGUGAGGAUCGAUGACCUGGACCACCUCCCCGAGACGACCACCAUCGACGCCUCCUCCAUUGGCAUCGUCCAGCCCGAGCUGAACCUGGAGCAGGAGGAGCUGGCGGAGGGGAAGCACGCGAAAGCUGCCAAGCGCAGCCACAAGCGGAAGCAGAAGCCUGAGGAGGACGCCGGUGCGCCAGGGCCGGAGGAUGCCACCUUCAGCGAGUACCCGGAGAAGGAGCCCGAGUUCACGGGCAGCGUGGGUGACGAGACCAGCUCGGCCGUGCAGAGCAUCCAGCAGGUGGUGGUGACCCUGGGGGACCCCAGUGUGACCACCCCGUCCAGCUCCGUGGGCCUGACCAACAUCACCAUGACGCCUAUCACCACCGCGGCCGGGACUCAGUUUACCAACCUGCAGCCGGUGGCCGUGGGGCAUCUCACCACCCCUGAACGCCAGCUCCAGCUGGACAACUCCAUCCUGACCGUGACCUUUGACACCGUCAGCGGCUCCGCCAUGUUGCACAACCGGCCCAGUGAGGUCCAGAUCCACCCCCAGCCCGAGGCCUCGAACCCGCAGUCCGUGGCCCAUUUCAUCAACCUGACCACACUGGUUAACUCCAUCACGCCCCUGGGGAACCAGCUCAGUGAGCAGCACCCACUCACGUGGCGGGCUGUGCCCCAGACGGACGUGCUGCCCCCGCCGCAGCCUCCCGCUGCCCCGCAGCAGGCCGCGCCCCCGCAGGCGCAGGCAGAGCAGCCGCAGAUGUACAGCUACUGAGCCGCUGCGCCGGGCCCGAGGGUCUGGGGGCUCGGGCUCGUUUGCUGGAUACCAAAACACUAUCGUAGGGAGGGCCAGCCAGCUUUGCAGAGCCGCCUCCACGCCCAGCUCGGUGCACCGGCCCUGGCAGGCAGGAGUGCAGAGCUCCAUCCCUGGUUCGCCUUCUCCAGGAGGCACAGUGGCCCCAGGACCGUGUGCCUGACGCAGAGCUUGGGCGGGACAGGGGAGAGAAGCAGGACCCUGUCUUGCUCUGUUUUCCUUAGAGCUCAGUUACUGUGUAAACCCACACGGUGUCCGGGGGCGGCACCACAGCGGCAGUUCUCGUCGGGGGUUUUCAGCUGAAGGGACUUCUGUCCUCUUCCCCCAGCAUGAGCUGGGUCUGGGUUGUGGAACACCUGCAGGCCUGGGCCAGUGGUGAGACGCAGUGUGACAGCGCAUGACCGGGCCCCGCAGGCUCCGCCUGGGCCAGGGCCCCCACGAGGCCACCAGCUCGGGUGAGAAAGGCAUCUGGGGUAUUUGGCAGCUGGUUUUCAGUAGCUUUUUCCUUCUCCUUUUUACUGUAUUCAACAUGUGCUCAAGCCCCCGUGUGGCCAGUGUGUUUUUAACUAUUUGAACGUGAUCAAGUCAUUUGCACUGUUAGUUCAGGGCCCUGGUUGGGAUCAGCGUGGUUGCCAGCUGGGCCCAGGGUGAGGAUGAGCCCGGGGCUCCCCGAUGCUGCGGAGCCGUCUCAGGUUCUCUCCUGCCCAGGUGUAUUUAUUGUGGCUGGAGCCCGGCUGCAGCCCCAAACUGAAGGGUGGACGAAUCCGUGUUCUCUUUCCGUGUGAGCCCUGGUUCCAAGGGGGGAUGUGUUCGAAGACCAGUUUCCUCUAAGAGUGUUGAUGAGUCCGGCUCUUGCUGGGGGGAAGCAAAGCUGUUUCAGAAAUGCACAGAGCGCAUUUUCCUGCCGGUCUGGAAGCAGGUGAGGUCAGCUCAGCAGCAGAAACAUUAACUGCCUCGUGACGGGAGGGUGCCGUGGGGAAACGUGCCACCUCGCGUGUGUGUCAUGCGAUCGUAGCCAGCAGCACUGGACACCGAGCAGAAGGAAGUGUGGUUGGAUUGUUCUGGUCCAUCUUUCACACUGUCCAAAACAUAAGGAGACGUGCUUUAUUUGUCCUUGGUCACUGCUUGUCCCCACUCUUCUGUUCUUCUUCUGUUCUUUUGGGGCCCAGAAGAAGAUACACAGUGAAUAGGUGGCAGAACCAGGCAUAGUGGUGCAUACCUGCGAUCCCAGCACUGGGGAGGCUGAAGCAGGAGGAUCACUGUGAGUCCAAGGCCAGCCUGGGCUCCGUAGUGAGACUGGCUCAGAAUAAAAUGAGCAGGGAGCCAGCUGGUAGUGCCGAGAGAAGGGGUCCGUGUGAUCCUUAACUUCAUUCCACACAGCAAGCUGUGGAGGGCAGGGCUGGAACGUGUACGGUGCGUGCUUUCUGGAGCACGGGGGUCUUCCCUCCCACAGGGGGUCGGGACUGCAGAGCCCAGGACGGGGACCCCCUCCGUGUCUGCACUGCCAUCUCCUGUCCUCAUGGAACUCACGGCGGUGGGGGGGGGGCAACUAUUGGACUUUUUAAUUUAUAAUUAUUUUUAUGUUAUUUAUGACUGUAACUGGCUGCUUUCUACAUCCUAGUUUCACAAGCCAGCUCCGGCUAGGGGUGGUUUUUUUUCUAAAAUGUUGUUUGUACUUUCCAGGCCGGAGUAGUCCAGGCAGCCGACCCUGGAAUCGGCAGGCGACCCCAGGCUCCAGGGUAUUUUUGUACAAUCAGCAAAGGUUUUUUUUUGCAUCUGCAGAAGUUUCAGGGCGAAUGACUUAGAAAAGAAGCCAGACAGGCGUGUGGGGCUCUGGUGAAACCUGGCUGGCCUGUAUCCUUUUUCCUCUUCACUCUGAAACAGAGGCCUUCUGGGGCACAGUUUUAUUUUUUUUAAAGACGUCGUUUUUGUGCCUAGAGCAAGGCUGAGUCUGAUGUUUUCAAAGACCCUAAUUUAGGUUGUGAGGCCCAUGCCCUGCCGCCACCCGCUUACACACGCGGGUGUGGCCCUCCGGGAGCCGAGCUCUCCAAGGUUCCGUGGACAUGGGGAUCUUGCCGGGGCUCCCGUCUGGGGCAGGCGGGGUUGUCUUGCAGCAGGUGCUAUGGUUGCAUGUAAGAAACUGUACAGCAAAGAACAAGGUACUCCCUGGCCCGCAGUCACCGUGGUACGCGGCUCUACACACGGUCCACUGUGCAGUGGUGGACGGUGUGGCUCUCCUGAUGGAAGAGGCGCCUGGACAGAGGAUGGCCAGGCCACUCUUCCACCCCACUCGAUCCAAGAUGUAAGGAUGGAUUCUGAAAGGAGGAAUUAGUUUGAGCUGUGUGGCCGGGGCAUGCCAUGAUGCUGCCUUGGUUAUUAUACAUUGAUAAACCGUGAGGUUCCCGCCCAGCCCGGGGACUGGUGGGGCCGUGGUCACGUGUGUGACUGCGGCUUCUGCAGGCGACGCGGGGACAGCUGCAGGCCGCGUCACUCGCGGCCCCUGGGCUGGCUCUGGCGGGUGAAGUGUUGUCUCAGGGAAUGCUGCGUGCCAGGCACCCUCCUGUGAGGGUGUGACCCCGCCCUGGGCACUGCCGGGGAGGCAGGCCUCGUGCACCUUCUGUGUCUCCCCAUCUGUGCCUGGGGGCUGAGGCGCCUGGCUUCUGGCUGUGGGCAGUGUCUGUGAUUUCCUGUGGGAUCUUGAACAGCGUUCAAGCUGUACUUCCUGUCACAUUGGUUUGUGUAACGGUAAUAAAAGGUGCUGUGACCUGUGUUUU